CAAUGGGAUGCCUAUUAUAUUAUUAUGUAAAUAUCAUAAUAGAGUAACACUUAUAAGAAGCAAAGUAGAGAAUAGAAAGUAAUAAAAUAAAAUAAGAUGAAGCAGUAGUAGAGAAUAAUAAUGGGAUAUAUAAUUAAAUAUCGAUGAAAUUUUAAUAGUUCUUUAAUAAAAAGAGUGAUAAUAUAAUAUAAUAAUGGGUAAUUUUGAGAGAGAUGAAGAUAAAUAUAUCAGGUAAGUAUUAUUUAUACAAAUAGUUGAGAGGAGAAAAAAGAAUGGUUAGAGAUUAAAAUUAAAUUCGAAUAAAUAAAUGGUAAAAUAAAAAAGGAAUUGGAGAGAAGAUUGAAAUAUUGUUUGAUAAAAAUAAUUGAGGAGGAGAGUAGGAUGUAUGAAAAAAAGGAAUAUUGAUUAUAAUGU